ACAAUAAAAAUGGCGACAUCGUACUACUUGUUUGUCAUUUUACAACUUUUAAGUAUCUUUUCUGUUCUGUCUAAAUAUUCUAUUAAACUCGAAAUGAAAAAUGACUGCAACCAAAAGAAAAAUACUCACGACCAAUAUUUUGAUAUAACUCAUCUUAAAUGUCGUUUCUGUUCCCAAAAUAACUCUAUACAAUCAGUUUCUAAUGAUGGUUUAUCUUGUGUAUGCAAUCCAGGAUACAAAUAUAUCAAAAACAUGGCACCCCGAGCAGUAAAUUGUGUAAAAUGUGGAGCAAACCAGGUCACUUCAAAAGAUGGUUGGAGUUGUGUCUACUGUCACAACGAUACUUUGUCAAGCAACAAUAAAUGUGCAUCGUGUAUAGGCAAGAAUAUAACAGUGGAGAGAAAAUUGGAUGGGGAAUGGAUUAAAAAUUCCCAGGAUCAGGCUGUCCAAAACUGUGUACCAUGUAAAGGAAAUACCAUACCCAAUGGUGCAAAAAACAGGUGUGUCCGGUGUACACAGAUCCUGUCAGUAUUACCAAAUUAUGCAAACUGUACUUGUCCACGUUCAAAUAAGGUUGGAGAUGUUUGUUUCCAAAAGAAAAGUGAUAUCAUAGCAAAGCCAUCUUACUACAUACGAUUGAGUACUGAUGAUUUGGUGGAAUCCCAUCUUCUUAGACAGAACCUCAUCAUUUCAUACGGAAUGUGUCAUGCCAGUUAUUUUAACAGCACAGCUUGUCAGUCCCUGGGCAACAUGUGUGUUCUGCUUUAUGCUACCCACGUGGUGCGUAAAUUAAGCCCACAAAUCCAGGCGUGCACUCUGUUUCGGAACUUGUCAAAGCUGGCAAAACCACCUGUUAAUGAAGAAUAUGACGUUGGUGAUUGGCCGUACAACAUGCCUUGGCUGUAUUAUUCCUCGUUGACCGUGAAUGUACUGAAUAGUCCUAGUUUACCAGUUGAGUUUACUGUGAAACCACCUACGCAGCUUAAGUUCCUUGUGGUAAUGUAUUCAUUUGAGGGUAAAUAUCUGGGGAUGAAGAGCGUCCGCGGUGGUCUUUUGCAGCUAUGUAAAAUGAACGAUGUGAGGAUGGAUGCAAUUUGGACUUUUGGAACAACAUAUUCAAGCACGUGUUACUUGAAGUUAAGGGAUCUCUUUGACAACCAGACUUAUCCCUUGAUUUUCUAUGAUCUUUAUUUGCGGUACUCUGACAAUGGUGAGGAGAGGCUGUAUGCCAUUCCCAUUGUUAUUGAAAACCAUGUUGGAGAAAAUAACAUCAGAGUCAACAAAGGACAAGUAGACAAAUGGGUUUUAACCAGACGGUUUUUCCUCGUUGACAAUGUGUCUACUCGGAAAUUGGUGAAACCAGGAAAUGUUUAUGUCAAUAACUACGUACGAUUUGCUCAGUACAUGAAGUUUGUCUUCCGACUGCAACCCACGAAAAAUGGCCUCAUUUAUCCUCCAUAUUUGAAAAUUGUGUACGGCGAAAGGUCUUGGGCUUCUGCAGUUGCACUCAGUAAUGUCCCGAUAAUAUUCAAAUCUGAAUAUCUACAAGAUGAAACUGGUAUUGAAAACAGCAUCAAUAUAGCUUUUGGAACAUUGAGUGUCUUUGCAAUAAUCUACGCUGGUUUUAAUACAUGGGCAUGGUCAAAGAGAUCGGCACGCAUUUCUAUAGACUUUGCCACAUUGGUUAACCUGUUUCUUAACAUGUGUGCUUCACUUGGUAGUGUCUUCUUCUUUACAAUACUUGGCAUUGGUAUAUAUUUUCUUCUCUUCUUCAAACAACAGAACACAGUGAUAGUUCUACCAAUGUCUAGUCCUUUACUGAAAGAAAAGUUUUCUUCAUUUAUCGUAGUCACGUUUUGCUUGAAGUUUUUCCACAUGAUUCAACUACUUGUUCGGCAGUGUACUGUGGACAUGUUUUUCAUUGACUGGGAAAAACCAAAAAGUCACCAGAAAGAGUCCACUGUGUCUGCUUGGAGAGUCUUAUUUGUUGCCAAUGAAUGGGUCGAAAUUCAAACCUCCCGACGUAUUAACAUUGUUUUUCAGCUUUUAUCAUUGUUGUUCCUGCUCAUAGUUGUCGGCUUUGAGAAUUUUGCAUUCAAUGAUGCCAGUUCUAGCUUCACAGCCCCUGACACUGGUAACGUGGUUCCACAAAACCGAGUUUUCAGAUUUACUCUUUCGACCACCUUGUAUCUUUUGAUUGCUACUUGCCAGUGGCUGUACAAAGUUAUAUUCUAUGAGAGGUUUAUUGAAGACAUCAUGCAGCAGUUUAUUGAUCUGUGCUCUUUGAGUAACAUCAGCGUCUUCAUGAUGGAUCAUCUGCUACAUGGAUACUAUAUCCAUGGGCGAUCUGUGCAUGGCAAAGCAGAUACAAACUUUCGAGGCAUUCAGAAGAUGAUGUCUCGCGAACAGAAUGAUCUUUGCAGUGAGCGAGGCUUGCUCCCCAAUACUGAACAGCAAUCCUUUGAAAUGUCAUUACCCAACAAAUUACGAACGUGCUACGUACAGAUUAUGAUGCCAGUAACCUUCAAGCAGGGAGGUAACCGUAUGGAGAAUGGUAACAAUGGUCCCAGUCAUGAUGUUCUUCGUGCCCACGAGAUAAUGAAUAAGUAUUUGUCUUCCUUCAUUGACCACUCUUUGAAAGAUGCUGACUAUUCUGUGAAAGACAAAACAUUCUUGGAAAAUGUGUUGAAUGCCGAGUUUAUUGAUACAUCUAUUCAAGGAAUAUUUUACAACGAUAAUGGUCAUUCCUUUGAUCGUCUCCUCUUCUAUGGUCAUGAAAUUCUGUUAGUGCAAUUUGAAAUCCUUCUCUUCAAUGUAGUUGAUCUUAUUUGGCAGAACUUCAUCUUGGCAGCUGCUCUCACUUAUGUUGGAUAUUCACUUAUUUCUCUCAUACGACAAGGAGGAAGCAAGAAAAACAUUGCAAGGAAAACACUUGUAGACAGACGCUUUCUGAUUUAAAUUUUGAAGACUAUUCACAGCCACUUUCAAGGAGGGUGCCUUGUUCAAACUCAAAACAAGUCUGUGGUGGUUGUAUCAGGGACCAGUUCAGUCUCCCAAUCUAGUCCUUGCUCCUCAUGAAUGGAAAUUAAAAAAUUUUUUUAGACAGGGAGCUUCUUAUAAUGUUUUGGUUUGAACUGAAAAAUUUUAACAGGCCACAAUUGCUCUUGUGAUAUUUAAGAAAAGAAAACAAACAAACAAACAUUUCAAACAAAGAGAAAGAUGGACAGGAUUGUGUUGCAAGAUUCUCUGAACUUAAACUGAAUAAGCAUUCUAUAUGUGGUUGGUGAAAGGUUAAAAAUAUUUAUUUACAUGAUGUAACAAACAAUUUAACAAAUUGCAAUUGAAAAACGGUAAAUUAUAUAUGAAUCAAUAUUCACUACUUAGUCAUAGAAUAGCUGAUGGCCACAAGAGGACACUGAUUCACAUUGAAUAUAUGUAUAUAUAUUUUUUAGUUUUUGUUUAUAAUAUAGUUAAGAGAGAGAAGGUGACUUAUACUGAUCUAAGGUUUAAUUUACGUGUCUGUGUGUGUGUGUGUAUGUUGGAGGAGGUUGUUAUACUUGUAUAACAAUUUUCCCUGAAAUGUGAAUGAUAUUUUUAAAAUUUAAAUAUUACAUUUACAAUUAUAUUGUUUAGUUUAGUGCCAAAUCUAUUUAAGAUUCAAAUAUUGGAAAACUUAAGCUUUAAAAGUCUUGUAUACAAGACAAGACUUAUACAUAUAUCUAAAAAAUCUGAAAGAAAUGAAGUUAUACUGACUUGAGCAUUGAAACAUAACUUUUUUUGCUUCUUAAUAUAAAGAAAAGUGAUGAAAUUGUUCAAUUUAAUUUUUUUAAUUAACCAUUGAUUUAAAAAAAAAAAAGGUAAAUCUUUUGUACUAGUAAGAUGAAAAGUGCCAAUCAUUUUUCCUUUUCUAUAUAUCUAUUCAUAUUUAUUAAUUUAAAUAACCUUAUUUUUGUAAAAAGAAAAAGGAUAAGUUCUGCCGUCUUUUGCAUAGAUUUAUGGGUAUGCUUCUAAGGAAAAAAAAAUUCAAGUUUGAAAGAAUUUUUUUUAUUACUGGGAAAAUAAUGGUAAGAAUUAACUAAAAUUUUAAGCCUUGUUCUUCAUAGCCAUUCUAUGUAAUUGUCCAUUUUAUGUGUAGUCUUUUCUCAUUCACAUACAUGCUGGUAAGGACAACACCGUUGUUGACAACAAAAUGAAACUAAAACCAUGCAUUUUGUUCUGUCAUUUUUCCAAGAUUAACUUAACUUGAGGAAAUUAAUUUCAAUUUCACUAGUUUCUUUUCUACAACUAUUGGUGUAGGAAGUAAAAAAAAAAAAGUUUUGUGGUGCAUGUACUUAAAUAGACCCAUCUUUUGUAAAUCAGUGAAGCAGAUUUAUUCUCUCUUGUGAUCAAACACAGCUAUUUUUUUUUUAAUAAAUAAAACUAAAAGACAAUUUAAAAUUUCACCACAAAUCUUUAUCACUGGGUAGCUUCUUGGUACUAGGUUUAUUCUCUCUCUUACAGAUCCUUAUUGUUUUAACAAUAGAGCAAGUCUCACCCGGAGGCAUCCCUGAAAUAUGGAAAAGGAUAAAAAAAAAAAAACAUGCCCCUCACUCCAUUUGCAAAUCUGAAAACUCAAUUCAGAUUAUUUUUUUUCCCCCUUUUUUUUAAUUCAUUCUGUACAUUCUUUUUAUAAAGUUCCAUGUUCAAAUUGUUUCAGAUUUGUUUUGUUUUAUUUAUUUUUUGCAAUAUAUUUUUGGCUAGGAUAAGAAAUACGGAAACCAAGUCCAGUCUUUAAGGAAUCGAAUCAGUAAAACUUAAUUCUUUCAGACUUUAUUGUAUUACUAAUUAACUGCCAACCCUGACCAAUAUGGUCUCUUUUGGGCAGAUAUUCAUACAGACUUGGUUUUUUAUUAAUUUUUUUUUUGUUGUUUGUCCCUUCUCCCACUCAUGUAAUAAUUGUUCAGAGGCCCUUAACUUUUAUAUAUAUUUAUUUAUAACAAACAAACUCUCCAAGCAAAGCUCCGUUCACUGAUAAAAUUUCAGUCACUAUUUCCAACAGCUCUUAUUUUUUAUAUAAAAGAAAGGUAAUUUUAAACUGACAAAAUUUUUUUUUUUUAAAUUUCUUUUUUUUUCUUUUUUUUUCAAACAAGUGUGACUUGUGUGGGUAUUUUACAUCAGAAAUAUCUGAAAUGCGAAAUCAUACAUAAUCUAAAAGUAACUCACCAAUAGACUAGGUAUCGAAAGUUUAGAAUCUUAUCUGAUGUUGUGUACCCCUUUUAAGUCCUAACCCCUCUCCACUGAAUUUGACUGACAAUAAAUAUACUGCUACAAAAAUCUGAAAGUCUAAAAAAAUAUAUUUAGCAGUUUAUCUAUUCUUUCCAAUGAUAUCAUGGGUUGGAUAGUUCUACAAUAUAUAUAUAAAUAGUUGAAUACAUUAUUUCAGACUAAGAGUGGUGGUAAAUGCCUAAAGCUUAAAGGGUAAUGAAAACUUUGUCAGAUAUUGGAUUAAUUCCGGAAGCCAGAAUUUAUACAAUGUAUAAAUAAUAAUUCAGAUGUUGGCACAAGGAAGGGAGCAAGUUGAUUACACUGACCCCAGUACAAGGUGACUUUAGUGGUAUUAGAACUUAGAAUCUAAAGAGUUGGAAGAAAUGCCACUGAGCAUUUUUUCCAAUGUACUAACGAUUCUGAUGGCUUGCCACCUUAAUAACAACAUAACAACAUGCUUAACAGAUGAAUUAUUAAUUACUUAACAUUUUGUAAAGACAAAACAAAACAAAAAAACUGCUGCCACUACAUUCCCUGAAUCCCACCAACAACCGAUUCUAAUUCGCUAUGAAUAACCAAAUGUUAUUUUGAUGUUGCCCAAAUAUAUUUGUCCUUCACUGUUUUAUGGAGAACUUCAGAAAAUAAAAACUCCUUCUGUAAUCUAUAAACUGAAAUAUUUCAAAUGUUCUCCAGAAUUCAACUUCCAAAAGUUUGUUUUUAAUAUAGUAUGGUAAGAUUCAUGUAACAUGAUUCAAAUGCAAAGAACAGUUUCUAAGGUUAUUUGCAUAAUAAAAGGCUUCUAAAUACCUCCUCCACAACUGUUACAUAAAUACAUUUCAAUCAUUGGAUAAAAUUUAUAUAUU